AAAUCAUAACUUAAACUACAUAAAAAUUCCCAAACUAAAAAAAUCCCUCGGAAUCUGAGACCUCCCAAAAUAUCCAACCCACCCACCUUCAUCGAUCGAUCAAACCCUAAUAAUUCCUCAACCAUCCUUCUCACCGCGGAUGGGGGAAGAAGCCGAUUCCAAGGACUGCGACAUGGUGGCCGGAGACGGCGAAGGAGACGAGGGGCGAGUCCUCGAGUGGGAGGUCGGCCUCCCGAGCGCCGACGACCUCAUCCCGUUGUCCCAGUCCCUGAUCUCGCCGGAUCUCGCCUAUGCCUUCAGCAUCGCGCCGGAGCCCGCCCGCACCUUGCUCGACGUCCACCGCGCCUCCCAGAGCACCGUCUCCAGCCUCCGUCGCCACCCCACCUCCUCCUCGGCUGCCGCUGCCCUCAAUUUCUUCUCUCCCUUCCCUUCUCUCUCCUCCGUUGUCGCCGAUGACCCCGUCGUCCUCGAUGGCGAAGGAGACGACGCCGAGGAUGGAACCACCGCCACCGUGUCUACCGCCGGCGAAUCCUCCUGCGUCCCUCCGGAGAAUUCCGGCGACGACCACUCCAGCCGGUCCCUGAAGCGGCCCCGCCUGGUCUGGACCGCGCAGCUCCACAAGAGGUUCAUCGACGUUGUCUCGCAUCUGGGGAUCAAAAACGCGGUGCCGAAAACCAUCAUGCAGCUGAUGAACGUGGACGGGCUGACGAGGGAGAACGUCGCGAGCCAUCUCCAGAAGUACAGGCUCUACCGGAAGAGGAUGGAGGGGAUUCCCGGCGUGGGCCUGCCCCCGUCCGACCAUUUUCCUCACGAGCCUCCGUCACAGACGCUGAUGCCGAUGCCAUAUGGUGUCCCGCCGCCGCCGGUCCCGAUGCCGGUCUUCGGCAUUUCAUUCCACCCCGGACAUAGCGGUGCCAAGGAGAUGAUGCCGGUCGUUAGCCGACACCAGGCCGCUGGGGCUUAUCAUGGAUUUGUUUCGCAUCAUCCGAAUGGAGGAGCGAUUGGGGACCAGCAGGGGGACUGGUCUGCUGGGAACAAGUCUGGUGUUGAUGCUGGUCUCUGCUUCAGGUCCCAACAGGCUUGAAGAGUCAUCAUAGGCGAAACUGUAAGCUCGCGGGCAUAUGGACUUGAAGAUAUGGGAGAAAAGCGUCGGCUUGCAACUCCUUGGAGAGCCAUAGUUCCCAGUGCAGCAGUACUCAUCUUUCUGCAGAGCCAAGCAUGCGCUCUUGCAUCCCACCACCUUCCCCUGCUUCAGCACUGCAAAGUUUGAAGGACAGAUCAUAUUCAAGUCCACCUCACAGCCUGCCACACCGCACCCGAUCCCUCCACCAAUCGGGGACAUUGUGACUGGAAGAUUGAAGCCGUCGACCAAACUCACGUCAUAGUAGUGAAGGGGGGAUUUGGCAGUUCCGAAUGUCAUCUCGACAACCGUGCUGGGUGGCGUGCUGCCUACGCCCUUGCAAAGCAGUGCGCCGCUGCAGUCCCCAGUGUCACAGAAGCCUUUCCCUUGUUCAUCAAAGAAACAGCCUUGCCUGCCCCAUAUCCUGCCUGACCAUCCAGUGGGCACCGGAAAGACUGCUUCCUCGCCGACGCCGAGGUGGAAGCCACCGUCUUCUGGGGAGGGGUUGCCUGAGCUGCCAAGAAUGCCGGGCCACACACUGUGGUUGCAGUUGUUUACCACAAUGAUUUGGAUCUCACCUGCAACUGAGGAGAAACACAAUUGAAUUAGAUACUACAGCUGUGAGCAUGCAAUCAAAGGUUUUGUUGAUCCGAGUCUUACAUGAUAGAGAGAUGGAGAGGCAGAGGCAGAGGAAGAAGAGAUGUGAGCUGGAAGCUGGCAUUUUUCUCCCUCUUUGAUUUUCUGAAGUUAUGGUAUGAUAUGGAUCUUAUAUUAGCCUGGAAGCUGAUUUCGUUAUCAUGAAGCAUGCUACAACUGCCUUAACGGUUUUAUAAAGUGGACAGGCAUGUUCCUAUACUACCAUUGCGCUUGCUUUUCCUUUCGUUCUUUAAUUAUUUAUUUUCUUACUUUUACUUUCAACUUUUCCCCCAGUUUUAAGCUUUGCAUAUAUUCCUUGCUUGGGGUUGGGUUUGGGUUUGUUACCUCUAUGGUUCUCGGUAUAUGAAGUAAAAG